CUGCUGCUAGCUGAACUAGCGCGCUUCCGGUGUAUUUCCGCCUGCCCGAGCCGUGCUGAGCUGAUGCUGCUUCCCCGCUUCUCCGUCUGGAGUGCUUCGCGGGAGGUUCGUCAAGCUCCGGUCUGAUGGAUGUCCGGUGACGCGCGCUGUAAUAACCGCCCGUGAGCCCGAAUAAGCACGCUAAUCGGUGGGCCGGUGAAGUUUUCGCGGAAGCAUUGAUGUUGUCGACAGGAUCUGGCGAACCUGAUGGACCUCCUCCUCCAGAGAUCGACAACGAACAACUCGUCUACUGUGUCAACACCAUCUUGGACUCUCAGCGACGAGGCGGCUGUUUGGAAUAUCUGGUGGACUGGGAAGGAUACAGCCCUGAGGAAAGAUCCUGGAUUGCAAUGAUAUGUAAUGGACCUUCAUACAGAUCGUCACGCUCCCAGAGGCAGAGGCCGUCCUUGUCGCCGCUGGAGCUGCCCGGGGGGGGGGGGAUACUGUCACAUAAUCACCAGUCACGCCAGAACCUGCAGCUCCACCCACUUGUUCACAAUCCCCGGAGUUCAGAUUCACUGCACCUGCCUUCACCAAUCAAGCCACCCUUUAUAAACCCUCACUUUGCACUUCUCAUUUGUCUGUUCUUGUUGUUACCUUAUGUAAUGAACCUGGCUACCUUCCUGCGCUACUUACCCUCCUCGAUCUCGAUCCGCCAUCUUCAUCUUCUGUUGUGCAUUCACCAUUGUGGACUCUUACCUGGUUGUCACUACUCAACGGUGUCUCAGCUAAGUCUGCUUUACUCAUUCGUUUAUCUGCCUGCCUCCAUAUUGUCAAUAAACAUCCCAUCUGUAUCAGUCCCUGUCCUGUGUCCUUCUGUUUCAUAACACUUACCCUCAGGCCAUCCAAGCUGU